CCCUGUGGCCAUACACAGAGACACGAGCUCCUCUCUUCCAAGCGGCUGAGAGGUUGCUAUGACAAUGGUUGUAAUGAUGCUGAUGUAGCGUUCUGAAGGUAGUAGUUGUGGAGGUAGUGGUGGAGCUGGGGGAGGUGGUGGUGGUGGCGGCGGCAGGGGCUGGGGCGGUGAACGUCCAGGGAUGGGAAGCGCUCCGUAUCCAGCUGGUGAGUGGAAGGGGAAGGGGCGAGGCGGCCUACAGGAGCUGGGCUGCAUGCCCUGGAAGGUCAGCAGGCAGAAAGGGGGGGGAGAGGUGGCGGUGGGAAUGGAGGAGAGGAGGUGCAGAGAACCCAAGGACUCUCAGCAGCAGCAACAGCAGGAUCUCUCAUCUUCCUCUUCCUCCCUUACCCCCCCACUGCCUCCUCCGCCCUCUCUGACACCUCCAGCCAUUUAUCACGAGAAGCAGCGGAGGGAGCUGUGCGCCCUGCACGCGCUCAAUAACGUCUUCCAGGACGGGACGGCCUUCAGUAGGGACACCUUGCAGGAGAUUUACCAGAGGCUUUCUCCCAGCACUCUGGUGACGCCUCACAAGAAGAGCAUGCUGGGAAAUGGGAACUAUGAUGUAAACGUCAUUAUGGCGGCCCUGCAGACCCGAGGGUUUGAGGCAGUUUGGUGGGAUAAAAGAAGGGAUGUAGGCAGCAUCGAGCUGUCCAACGUGACAGGCUUCAUUUUGAACGUGCCAUCCAACCUGCGCUGGGGACCUCUCCGACUGCCGCUCAAACGCCAGCACUGGAUAGGAGUCAGAGAGGUGGGCGGACUCUACUACAACUUGGACUCCAAGCUGCGUAGCCCUCAACCUAUCGGCAGCUCGGAUGAGCUCAGGAAGUUUCUCCGCCAGCAGCUGCGAGGGAAGAACUGUGAACUUCUAUUGGUCGUCUCAGAGGAAGUGGAGACACAGCAAACAUGGCGGUCUGAUGGCUCAGGGGUCUAACCAACCAGUCGCAGCACCAACUGGGCCAACGGGCCAAUCGCAGAAUCAACGGGAAAGGAAGUAAUAUCGUGCACAGCCAAUCACAUGGAUGCACACUUGCAGAUGUAUCCCCCCCCC